AUGGCGCCCGGUCUGCUAUCUUAUGUUCCAAUCAUCAACCGCUUUGUCUCAGACGGCGAGACGGCGCAAACCAUUGACAUUCCUCCUGUCGAAGUUCACGAUGUCGAGACCGAUCACGACCGACGGGCGAGAUGCCUCAAGCACCUGCUGAGGGCCAACCACGUCAACCACUCCAUAAUCUACCACAACCUCGAGUUUGACAACCACACGGCACACGUCCUGUCAUCGGCUUAUUUGCUGGGCGCAACCGACCGUCAGCUCCAACAUAUUUACGAAGUCGAAUCCAAGGAGCUCGAACCGUGGAAGGAGUCUCCCGCCGAGGUCACCGACGACGACUGGAGAGACCUCCUCGGUGACAAGACGUACCAGAGGGCAUAUGUUGACUUCUUUGAGGACUCUUUGGCCUACAGCUCCUACGACUGGAAGAAGGUAGUCGACAAAUUCAUGUUCACUAGCGACGAGCCUCUGGUCCAUGGGCUCAUAGGUGGUCUUGGCCACCCCCUCAUCCACCUCGGAUAUGCUUACGAGAUGAACUCCAAGGAGAUCGCCAUUGAAGCACUGGCCUUGGCUGCCACGCAAUACAACUUCUUCCACCAAUACCUGGACGAAAAGAAGUAUACGAGGCCGUCGUCAUUCAGCUCCAAGUCAACGUUCGAGCUGAUCAACAAAGUCGCUGGGGACAAGCAACUGGAUGGAUUGUUCAAGGAACCGUCCUUGGGCAACCUCGAUGUUUUGUUCGCAAAGCAUGAAAGCAUCGUCCUGGAAUACUGGAAUGCGUGGACCAUCACGGAUCCGGUGAAGCAGUUUGAAGAGUCACAAGAGCUUGCCGUCGCGCUCUUCGUUGCAACCGUACCCCCUGGUACCCACGGAUACAACUUCUUCGCUGUGCAUCUCCUCACGACGAGCCACGCCGUCCGAAUUCUCCUCCCGGUGAUUCCGGCCAAGUUUCACGUAAGCUUAGUAAGGGAGUGGUGGCUGCUUGUACUCGGGGUCUACAUUUCCCUCCUGCGGCCAAAGAUCGACCCCGACAAUGUGGAAACAGACUUGAAGCAACGCCACUGGGGGCAUGUCGAGCACGAAGCUCUGAAUUCUCAAUGGGCUUCUGACGCUCACUAUGUUAAAGCGAUCCGCGCCAUGAAAGAGGCGUCCAGGACCUGGGGUGAUGUGCACGAGCGGUACCUAGCGUCUGCUCUGACAUUCGUUGACAACUUCCGUGGAUGGACGCACUGA